AUGAUCGGCUCACUCCACUCUUCCUCGUCCUCCGACACCGACAACAACAACAGCAACGCCGACCUCAGGAACAGCAGCGGCGAGGGCGAGCGCGACGCUGCCUUGCUGGGCGGCGGCGGGCGUGCGCUCGCGGCGGCCCCGUCCACGCGGGACCUCGUGCUGGCCUGCGCCGACCUGCUGCAGCGCGGGGACCUCGCCGCCGCGCGCCGAGCUGCCGAGAUCCUCCUCUCCGCGGCGUCCCCGCGCGGCGACGCCACCGACCGCCUCGCGUACCACUUCGCGCGCGCGCUCGUGCUCCGCGUGGACUCCAAGGCCGGGCUGCCGUUCUCCCCGCGGCCACCUGCUGGGACAGCGCCGGCACCGUCCGGGGCGUACCUGGCGUUCAACCAGAUCGCGCCGUUCCUGCGGUUCGCCCACCUGACGGCCAACCAGGCCAUCCUCGAGGCAGUGGAGGGUUCGCGCCGCGUCCACAUCCUCGAUCUCGACGCGGCGCACGGCGUGCAGUGGCCGCCACUCCUCCAGGCGAUCGCCGAACGAGCCGACCCGGCGCUCGGCCCGCCCGAGGUCCGCAUCACCGGCGCUGGCGCCGACCGCGACACACUCCUUCGUACAGGCAACCGGCUACGCGCUUUCGCCCGCUCGAUCCACCUCCCUUUCCACUUCACCCCGCUCCUCCUCUCCUGCGCCGCCAGCACGCACCACGUCGCCGGCACGAGCACCACCCCAAGCACCGCUGUCUCGAGCCUGGAGCUACAUCCCGACGAGACGCUGGCCGUGAACUGCGUGCUGUUCUUGCACAAGCUCGGCGGGCAGGACGAGCUCGCAGCGUUCCUGAAGUGGGUGAAGGCCAUGGCCCCCGCCGUGGUGACCGUUGCCGAAAGGGAGGCGAGCGGAGGAGGGAUCGACCCCAUCGACGAGCUCCCGCGCCGUGUUGGCGUGGCCAUGGAUCACUAUUCGGCGGUGUUCGAGGCGCUUGAGGCGACGGUGCCGCCGGGGAGCCGGGAGAGGCUGGCGGUGGAGCAGGAGGUCCUCGGCAGGGAGAUCGAGGCCGCGGUGGGGGGCGCAGGCGGGAGGUGGUGGCGCGGGCUCGAGCGGUGGGCUACCGCCGCACGCGGCACUGGGUUCGCCGCGCGGCCGCUCAGCGCGUUCGCCGUUUCGCAGGCACGGCUACUGCUGCGGCUGCACUACCCGUCGGAGGGAUACCUGGUGCAGGAGUCCCGCGGCGCGUGCUUCCUCGGGUGGCAGACGCGGCCGCUGCUGUCAGUGUCGGCGUGGCAGUAG